AGCGAUAGCGUAUCACAGUGACAUUUCCCAGAGACCUUCAUAGCCUCGCUAACAGCAGGAUUAACGGUGUUAUUUUGCAGACUCAUUCACAUUUCUGUAAGAAUAAUUAAUGUUGCAAAACUUGUUGUCCUGAAGUUCUACGAUACUCACGGGAGAACUUGAAGAAAGUGGACAAAACCACAAUAGCAGAUUAUUUCAAACUCAAGAGGAGAUUUUGGCUGCAGGAACAAGCACAAGGUAAAGUUAACGAUCGAAACCGAAAAUGUUCAUAUGUUAUGCCCGAACAAGAUUUGAGAAAAUUGAAAAUACCGCCAAGAGCGUUCAUUUUGCUGUUUUUGCUAUACAACUUGAGAACGGGUAAACGAUUGUCAGUAGUGGGAGUCGAGGGCGCAAAUAAUCGAAGUACCUAGCAAGCCACUAUUCAGUUUUGUGCUCCACUAAGAACAGCUUAAAGUUGUUUCUAAAGUUAAUCGACUAUGUGAAUAAUACUUUUUAAAGAUUAUAGGCAAGCGAUAAUGUAAUAAGCAUAGGCACAGCGAGAGAGGGCCAGAGAUAACUUGUAAAGGUCAUAAUUAUAAUAUUGCAGAGUGGAACCUUGAUAUAACGAAGGGCCAUGGAACUGACAAAGUUUGUUCGCUAUACACGAGGUUCUUUUUCAUUUAUCUUACUAUCAGACUGGUGUAAAGAAAAUCGUUCGCUAUACCGUGGACGUCAUUAUAUAGAGUUUCGUUUUAGUCGAGGUUCCACUGUGGUGCAUAUCUAGAUACACCACUGAGUGAAUAAGAGUGAGUGGACGACAUUUAUGUCAAACAGGUAAAACUUAACUUAAAGUACUUUAAUUACUACAUCAGGAAUUUGUUUGGUCUUAAUUGAUAAAACUGUAGUAUAAAGAGCUCUCUCUUAAAAUGAAAUUAUAUACAGAGUUUCCGGCAUUUUAGCUCUAUUAUUAAAGACAAUCCUUUCUCCAUGGCCACGAAGUACUUGACACGUAUGUAAUCACGGUACAAUACAGCUAUAAAUAAUCGUUCGUUCCUUUGAACCUAAAAUUGAAACAGUUAAUACUUCAAAUUGAAGGUUUGAUUCCACUCGAAAAUACUCUUCUGAAACCGUUUUUCUUACGGUAGUUAAAAUCCCUUUUUUAAAAGCCGGUAUGGCCAGGUGGACGAAUACGGGGAACUGGCGGGUUGAUCCCACUAAGUGAGUUCUAUCGUUACAUCUUGAAGAAAAGUAUAAAUAUUAUCGAUCGAUCGGGUUUUACCUGUACAGGCAUGAAAGGCUGUACCCUCUUCUAGAAAUCGAAACCUUUCACUAUUAGGGGAUUUUACUGUACAAUAGCUGAAGUGAAUCCUUCCGAUGACCCGGUUAGGCAACCUUUAAACAACUCUUAAAUGGCAAUUAGCCCAAUAGUCCCUCCAUCAGUUGCGAUUUUUUUCCCAUAAUUUUUUGUGUUCGUGUCUUUAAGGAUAAAAAAUCCGCUAAUUACUUAAGAUAAUCUAUUAGUGGUAUCUAAUAUCCAUUCGAUUUGAGGCUGGCAUUAAGCAGAAAUUUUUCUAUGGUAAAAUACUUGCAACAACAUGUAUCGAAAUCUGAGGUUUGCAAGUAUCUUUCACGUGGUUGUGCGCGCGUUUUGAAAUGUUUAAAUAAAAGGAAGUUCGUCCGAAAAAAAAACCAUCACGAGGAAAAAUAGAUCAAAAUGGUGUAGAAGAUUUUUAACCAAAAUUCCUUAUUUCCUUAUGCAACUAAGGCUGGCAUCAUACUUAGAAUUUUCCCGAGGAUCAAAAAAGUUAAGUGUUCUAAUUAACUUUGAACUAUCGUUGAAAGCACUAAUUUUAUUCUAAUCAAGAAACUAAGCUUUAUCACACAUUUUACCAAAUAUAUUCUAUUCCGUCUCAACCAACAUUAUAAUGCUUACAGUGAAUGUCAAAACAAGCCUCACGUGGCAAUCUAGCUUUUCACCAUAAUCUUUCCUUCCUUACGUUAAUUCACGAUGUUUUUGUUGACAAAAUCCCUCGAAGUGGGCCCAAUUGCAAAGCUUAUUGCGCUUCAGUUUCCUGUAAGCUUUUCAAAUUUGACAAAAAAAUUUCAUUUGACUAUAUAUCAGUUUCCAAUUUUUGGCGGUCUGAUAUUUGGCACUGUUAUACGGUUAAUAUUCUGAGACCAACAAGUUUUAGCUUGCUUUUAGCAUAAGUAUAUACUUGUAAGGUUACAGGACGAAGCACAUUCCUGAGCACUGGGCGAAAAUUAGAAAUGGCCGCCCGGAAAUGUCAUUUUGAAGAUAGCAUUUUCAUCAUAGCCGUGUGGCUAUUUAGGAACUGGAUAGUUCCGAUAAGUAUUGGAAUUCUCUUUACAUCUAGCCGGCCAGUCCUGACAAAUGAUUAGCGACUAACGUCGGUAAUGUCACGUGACUGGGAGACAUCUCUGUGGAACAAGAACGUGAAUUGAUUGAAAGGCUCGUAAGCGUGGCACAGGUGACAUCCGUCUAAAAGUGUUUUCAUCUUUCAGCAUUCUUUUACCACUUGUCAUAAUUAGAUUUAUUCUUUUAAAUUUGUUAUACCUUUAAAGCGGAAAUCGCGUAAGCAAUACGUUUCCGUAGUCCGCACUUUAUACCCGAAACUGACAGUCAGCUAAUUAAAAGAACAUUCAGAUCAGAUGGGAGUUUUAGAGAAUCUGCCCUUCUACCACCAACCUUGUCGAUUAGCUUCGAUUAUCUGACAGACAAAUGGAAAUCUAACGACCUUAACACAUUCAAAAAGGUUUAAUCAGGUUCAAGAAAUUUACCUAAGUUUAAUGAAGAAUAAUUAAAUACAAACAAAAAUAUAGAAUUAAUUUCAUCUACAGUGGAUUAGGAUCACGAAUCACGAAAAGACUUAACUUCAAGAACACGCAAGCCACAAUGUAGAAACGUAAAAAUCCGUCGUUAUCAUCAAUUUCUUUUUCUGUCCUAUUUUCUAUCCAUUGCUUCAAAAUAUCUUGUAAUUAUUAAAAGAAAACAAACUUUUUGCCCAUGAAUCGAUAUUUCUCAACUUGACUUUUCAUGGUCGUUGUACGUUCUAAGCUGUUUUUCUUUGACAUUAAUUAGGAUUAUCUCUUUUAUUUAACUUCUGAACAGGUGAAUAAGUCUCUAGCUCCAUGAAAAACGACUGUGUCAACAGCAGAGUCUCUAUUUUGUCCGUGUGCUGUUUUUGUUUUUUCUUUUUUUUUUUCAUUGGGUACACCAUGCUUCAAUUUAUAUACAAAUGGUCGCGUCGAGCUAAAGCACGCAUCAUUUUAAAAAAAUAUAUAUAUCAGGCUUACAGAGGUCAUUUCCAUUCACGAACGGAAGUUCUGUCAUACGUGGACAAGACUGUUAGAAAAGCUUAAGCUUACUGUUUCAUCUGUGUACACGCUGACGAUAAAAGCACUAAUUGAAAGCACAAUGAAGAGUAAUAUUUGUAUUAUUGGUCAUUAAAAUACGACUUUGUAAAGUGAACUAUGUGUGUGUGUCAGGUGAGUACCUUCUUGUUCACACAAUACGAGACAGGUUGAAAAUAAAACCGGUCGAAUUCACUAAAUUCAAACUUUUUAGAGCGAUCCUUACAAAACAUUGUUCCGAAAGAACAAUUGUCAACAAAUCGCGCUUCUCUAUGGCUUUCCAAAACAGAUAUCAUGUCCGGGAAAACAGAUUGUUGCCUCUAGUUCCGUAUGAGCAAAACAAAGAAAACUAACUUAUAUUAACCCUACCCUGAUGAGGAGUAAGGUAGUCACAUGACCGGCUGAAACCAGCCAGGGUUCUUUCUCGAAGCAAGCUAGAGAGAGGACUUUGGGAACGAGGUUGCGACCGCCACCCUUAAAUGGUGACGUCAUAACCAAAGUUAUUGUCAAGUCCAUGGGCUACCAGAUUUUCUAACAAAUGUUUCUUUCCCUCCAGUUUUUCUAAUUUUAUAGCAACCAGCUUCUGAAGAGAACGCUGACGAAAAUUUACUUUAUGCAACAAUUUGUAUGAAAUCUACAAACGUUUUUAAAGCAUUUAGCCCGUACUUUUCAAAUCGAGACACCUUUACGAUACAAUGUCUUUAUAUUAAGAUUAGCCUUUGCUUUAGUAGUUCUAAUCGUAAAGGGUAUUGACAAUGUCUCAUUUUGCUUUGCCAAUUCCUUUGAAACACUCAAAAGUACUUGUCAUGUGGCCUGGUUGACAACGAAUCGAAUAACAGAACAAACCAGGGUUCUAUCUAGGAUUUAUCAUUUGGGGGAGAAGUCCUUAGUGGCCGAAGGCGACAAGCCUCUUAGAGGGGUCCUAAUCUGGUGUUCCUGUGACACAAAGGCGGAAAUUUUCGCGACUGCAAAUUAGCCGCCCUUUUUAAUUUUAUCAGGGGCACCUCGGCCCGGAAACUGGACUCCUUUCGACCCGAUUUCGUUUCCGUAAUUUUUCCGUAAGUGACAAACGCGCGGAUCCGUAAUCAAUGAUUACCUCUAGUUCAAGUACUAUUGCUUGACUGACGACAAAAUGGUGCAGAUUCCGCAGCUUAUCAUAUGUAGGAAGCUUAGCUUGCUAUACAACAUAGCUUUUCCUUAGGGGUGAAGAUAACCUUAAUUUAAAAUAGGCUGCCAUGGCUGAUGAUCCUAAUAAACACAAGAAUGGAACUGUCUUUAAAUGCAAAUUGACAAGAAGUUUGCGCUUUUGUGAAAUGCUAAACUAAACUUUGGAACAGACUUGCAGUAACCCGUACACCUAGGUCACAGAUCUUCGGAAUUCACAACUGGCUUUGCUGUUAAAUUAUUUAGGGUAACAAACUGAAUAAUGGGUGUUGAUCUUCAAAGGAAUCUGUUCAGUGACUUCCAAAAGCUAGCCGACCCGAACAGAUGCAAUUAAUUAUCAACCCUCUUUAGGUGCUAACAAAUUGCAAAUAUUUUUAACCCGGUUGAGAGGGGGGAGGGGGAGGGGGGGUUGGGGAUGGUGCCACUGUAGAGGGUACGGUUUUGUCCUAUAUCAUAAACAGGGUAAGUCUGUCCUUAACGUGGGGUAAUAAUAAACGAGGUGUUAAAUGAGAGUGUACGAACGUUUUGAUUUGCUUCAUGAAAUUUUGUUUGUACUUCAAGUAUACAAAAACAAUGACUGCUAUGCGGUAAAGUUUGCUCCAUUUCAAUUGCCAAAAAGACGAUCAUUUCGGCCUUUGUCUUAAGGCGAUAAAACUGAGGGUGUUGUCCGCAGCGGGGUAUGUAGCUUUAGGUUGCUUUUUGUCCCAAACACAGUCAAGAUUUCAAACCCUCAGCGGCUCAAUCACCUAUACCCACAUAUUGGGUAGAGCACACCCCCCCCCUCCCCUGCCGCCGAAUUUUUGGAUCAAUGCUUUACAUUUUUAGCUAAGGGUGGUUUUAGGCACUCCCUAUGUUAAUCUCUGUUCUUUAGAUUAGCUUUCGCUAAUGAUGAUUUUCUUUUUUUUUGGUUCUCUAUCAGGCUCUACCACAAGCUUAACUAGAACAAAUUAGUUGGCAUGUUACUAAAUGGUAUUAUUUUCUACUUAUCCCAAUAGAUCUUGGUGCUAUCCCAUUACCUGAAACACACAUCGGGAAGCUAAAAUCUGCUACUUCACAACUGCCGCCGAUCCGCCGAAGUUGGAACAUGAAGUUACACGCUUUGUUCCUUAUAACAAUUAUUGGCUCCGUUGAAUUUGAUUCAACCACUGGGUAAGCACUUGAGCUCUCGUGUUUUAAAUUAUUUAUUUUCAUAUUGGUAGAUUGAAUACUGCCUUUUUUUAAUCAUUCUUUCGGGCAAAGGGUAUGCCGCGCAGCGAAUCUGAGAUAAAUAUUAAGCAAAACACUAGAACUACAACGGUUUAAAUUUGACAAUCUAUGAACAAUCCAUAAAAUAAUCUACCAGAUUUUGCCGUUUUUAAGUGUUUGGUACAACCUCGUUUUGCCACUAUUUUAAUUCUUUUUGAUCGUGUUAAAGUCAAGUCUGACUUUAAAGGUCGUGCUAGAGAAGAGCCUUAUAGUUGAUUAGUAGAAAAAGCAUGAAUGAUUCGUUGUUCGUGUUUUUUUGUUUCUCGACUGAAUUCAGUAUAAAACUUACCUUACGCGUUUAAUCAAGUGUUCAAGUAAGGACAGAUCGUAUUCAAGUGGCAUAUUAGGUUCAGCCACAGUCACCAUCGUGAUACGAAAACCGUUUGUUAUUCAUCUUGUUGAUAUCGAUAAUUUAAUAUGCAGUUGCAUUGUAGUCUUUGAUGCCCCAAAAAAUAAAAAUCAUUUCCAUAAAAUUAAGUAUUAGUUUACACACUUGACUACAAAGUUCCGAGAACCAAUUGUUUCUGAAAGCAACAUUAGUCCCUUACCCUUUUCGAAAGCAGAUUUAAAAAUUAUGACUCAAUAUUUUUAAAAUAUUCUUAAACAAUGAAUAUAAUUUACGCUUUAUCUAAAAGUUGUCAAAUAAGAGUCAUAACUGCAUCUGAUGUUGCCUUAUUUAACUCUGCUUUUUGUCUUUCAUCUGUUUAGAGGGCAAAGUGAGGUAGACCACAGCAUACUCCAACAAAAGGUAUUAAAAAAUGUUAGUUACUCUAGUAAUUCUAAUUCAUAUUAAUCUCCCACACGCUUGAGAUAAACUGGUCUAAUGCAAGAUAUCCGGAAGCGCUGCGUCAUUAUUAUUAUUAUUUUUUACUCUUAAUUUUUCCAGGAAUACUUAAAUGCAUAUCUUUACCGACACCUAAAAUAUAGAUAGCCGCAGGAAAAAUUAAACUUUCAACUCAAAGGUUUUGUAUUUGAAGGAUUAUUGGUUGCAUCCUUAUUAGUUAAGAACAAGUAGAGAAACAGAAAUUAGGAAACGGAUAAGAAUUUUUGAUCCCACAAACGGGGCAAAACUACCACCCUGGUAAACGUCGACACCCUCUCGUACUUGCACUUGCUUAGAACAAAGAUACGUAUUGUUCGCUCAGCAUAAUCCGGUACGAAGAUAUGCGCUUUAAAAAGAUUGGGAUCAGGCUUAGGAUUAGAUCGGUCAUUUUACAAAUACUUAACACACAUUUCUUUGCGCGUACAGGGCAGUUAAUUUGUACCCCUGCUUAAACUUGAUACCAUAUAUGGGGCAGCCUCUGUUUCCCAGAGAGAAUGAUGGAGGCCUGCGAGGUUGUUCUAACUUUUUCUGUGGACGUAAUUCUACGCUUUGAUCGUUAGCAUGGCAACAUUUUGUUUCUUUGUCUUUGGCAUAAUGCAAAUUGAAAUUUGUCAGUUAUUAUGCGUGAUUGCUUGAUGGAUGUGUGAAAGUGUUCAGAUGAAGUCGGGUAUAAGUGCAGUUUGAAGCAAUGCAGUGAGUAAUAAUUUCAAAGAGGAUUUUAUUAACUAGGCCCCCUAAGCCCCCGUCACCCUUCGGGGGGGAAGGGGUUGUAUCGUGCACCUCCAGAUAUUGAGGGUUUAACAUUAACAGUCCUUUCAGUGAAACCCUUACUGCACAAACUGUUUAUAAAACACAUUACUGUCACGACAUGUUAUGUUUAAAAGACAACUUCUUUUAGUAUUGAAAGGAAUGUAAGGCCGAUUUUAUUUAACUUUAAUCUUAUUUAGGCAUAUCCACUGUUAUGGAAUAUUGUUAAGGCGGGAGGCCAUCGUGGAUUGCAAGAAUGUCAAAGGCAGUUCAAAAAUGAGAUUUGGAACUGUACACUAGACGAGAACAAGCCAGUGUAUAAAGAGCUCCCCAUUUUUGUUAAAACAACGUUACCUUAUGGUAAGGGUUAUUAAAGUACUUCAAAAUACUUUUCAUUGCCUUUUUUUUCAUAACUUUUCCCUUUUCUCCACGAAUUUUGCUGCCUAAGAAAAGUUUUAUGUGUCGCUUUCAAGUCGUCUUGAUAGGACACGAUAUGAUUGUUUUCACUGAGAAACAAUUUAUUACUGGAUAAUCAUUUAAGCAAUAAAAAACAUUUUCCAUGUUUGCAUAUAGCCUGGUAUAAAUUAAACACGAUACGGAUUGGGAGAAUUCGAGACAGUUAUGCAAACUCGACGAAGUCGGUACCAUUAUGGCGCGCACACAGCGAAAGAUCGUGAUGUCACAACUGUGUUUACAUACUCCGAUGAAAGCGCGUCUCUCGGCCAAUAAGAACGCGCGUACCAUCUUAGCUAUUUCACAAAAGGAUAUACACUGAUUGCUUCGUUAUGAUAAGGCGGAACCCCGGCAAUAUAAAUUGCAUGCACAAGCCUGUAGUGCCUUGUUGCCUGAUUCCCCGUCAUAUCUGCAUCAUAUUGUUUAUAUCUGCAUCAUAUUGUUUGUUAAUCAUCGCAAUAGUCCAGUUUCGCGAAUUAAAAAAUUACCACUGAAUAUAAACAUUAACGACACAUUCAUACAGGGUUAGCCUCGACGUAAAGUAAAAUAUUCAGGAAUUCUGGCAAGUAAGUGUCUGAAAUUCGAAUAUACACAAUACUGAUAGACAGAGUAAUAAACGCGUCUUUUUCUCGUUGGAAUUUGUGAAUAUAUUACUUCAGAUUGAGGCUAAGGCUGUAAAAAAUGCGUCUUCACUUCUUUAAUUCAGCGGUCAUAGCGAACUCGAAAAAUGGGCUAUUUUGCUAGUUAGUUCGUGUACUUCUCCUUAGUCGGGCUGAAAACAAUAUUUUCAUUGGAGCCAAAAACUCUGCUCCAAUUACAAACUCUUUCUCAGUAAAUUAUUCGAAAAACAUGUGUUACCAUUAAUCUGCCAACAGGUAUUAGUUGCUAACUCCUGGACAUUAUCUCCAGAUAUAUUUGGCAGUUUCUAACCUUUUUUAUUGUUCUCUAACAGCUAAUAAAGAGACAGCUUUUAUUCACGCCAUUAGCACCGCGGCCAUCAUCUACGAGAUCAUAACUCAGUGUAGACUAAACAAAAUACCUGGAUGUGGCUGCGCGGACGUUAAAAAGCAGCGGGAAGGCAAUGGCGACUGGCAGUGGGGCGGAUGCAGUGAUAACAUAAGGUUCGGUGAAAAGGAGACCAGGCAUUUUAUCAACAGACUUGAAACCGGAAAUGACGCCAGAACAGCUUUUAACUUACACAACAAUGAAGUUGGAAGAAAGGUACAUUUGUCAUCUAGUAAUUGUUUAACUAUUCGCAGGGGCGGAUCUAGGGCGAGGGUGCAGGGGGUGCGCACCCUCCCCCUCCUGGGAUGACCUGCGGUUUUCUAAUACAACUGGUAUUCUGCAAAAAAAAAAAACUAUGUGGUUUUUUGGUGUUGAAGUAGAGCAAGAGACGAGUGCACCCCCUCCUAAAAAAAAUCCUGGAUCCGCCCCUGAUUCGAACCAGUCAUAACAUUUGUUCCUCGGUAGUUCCAGGAUAUGGGAAAAAUUUUGUUUCUAGGAGAUAUUCAUCAAAUAGUAGUUUUUAUCCAUUAAGCGGUAUUUUUGCAAUUCUUCUUGUCGCCUUUUUUAUUUAUUUCGUGACAAAUUAAAAAAGCUGAGCGACCAACCCGCCGUCUGUCCCUUUUUUGUAGAUUAUCAGCAGAAGUGACGCCAACUGUACUAUUAUCAGAAAAAUCUUCCAAAUUUGUAAACCUUGAAGUGUUUUUCGGGGGAUGGAUUCAAUGUGUCUUUCAGUACUUUUCAAAAGCACAAAACCUAAUAGUUUCUUUGUCGCCUUAUGUUAGGGAAUGCAGAUUCGAGAAUCCGGGAAAUUCUUGCUUGUGGUAUCCGGAAUCCAUGAAAUUUUUACUUGUGGAAUUUGGAAUCCUGGGCUUUGGGAUCCGGAAUACAGCUCCAGGAAUUCGGAAUCUCACUAAUGAUUAAAAUCCGGAAUCCACAAUAUGGAAUCCAGAAUCCAAAACUGUCUUGGAUUCCUUUGCAUGGGGCGAUUCUUUUACCCCUCGCAGGCGUUUUUAGGGGAGCUCGUUUUUCAUCCCUCCCCACAAACGCCUGCUCAACCGAAAACAACAUUCCUUUCCCACUGUUUUAUUUGCGUGGUAAGCGACCAAUCAAUAGUAGUGCAAUGAAGUGUUGACAGGCUAAACUCGACUAAAACGUGACCCUAGAGUUACCAUUUUCGCUCUUUUCUUUCCUUCGCUAAGGUUAUGCAGUGCAUGGAGUAUUCUAAAAUAUGACUAAAUCUUAUUUUUGCCGCUCUGAAUCUAACAUUUAUUAGAGGUCAAAAAGCUUUCCCAGUGUUUCAUGCAGAUCGAGUCAUUAUCAGAUUACCUUGAGGUCAAGGUUAACUUUGCAGAAUUUGGAAAGUACAAUGUGAAAGGGAAAGGAAUGCUGUCUUCGGUUGAGCGGGCGUUUGUGGGGAGGGAUGAAAAACGAGCUCCCCUAAAAACGCCUGCGUGGGAGGCUACGAUUCUUUGUGAGGGAAAUAUAAAGACACAAACAACGUAACUUCGGCUUCUCGAAGUUAUACAUUUCUUGAACUGAAAACGAAAAUGCUCACUUUCUCACCUCAUCCUGUGUAAAUCAUCCUCACCACAGUCCUCCAUGGUUGUUUUUAUUUACCCAAAACUGUUGGUUCUUAGGACAGAGCAACAUUUAAGGGGUGGGAGGGUAGGGACGACUUUGUUGUGGUUUGAUUACAGGGUAGUAUCGCGUAUAGAUGGAAGACUCUCGAGAGUUUUGUGGGAAGUGGAAUAUGCCUAUAUCAGAACAGCUAAGUGCUCUCCCAUGAUGGAAAUUAUCGGUGUUAAAACCAGUGUGAUCUUUUUGUCGUUGUUUUUUUUUUUCACAAGGUUUUUUUUUGCUUUCAAUAACAGGUUGUUCGUUUAAGUCUUAAAAGGGAAUGCAAAUGUCACGGCGUCACUGGAAGCUGCAAUUUGAAAACUUGCUGGAGGCAACUGACGCCCCUUGACGUCAUCGCAUUAAAUUAAACACGAUACGGAUUGGGAGAAUUCGAGACAGUUAUGCAAACUCGACGAAGUCGGUACCAUUAUGGCGCGCACACAGCGAAAGAUCGUGAUGUCACAACUGUGUUUACAUACUCCGAUGAAAGCGCGUCUCUCGGCCAAUAAGAACGCGCGUACCAUCUUAGCUAUUUCACAAAAGGAUAUACACUGAUUGCUUCGUUAUGAUAAGGCGGAACCCCGGCAAUAUAAAUUGCAUGCACAAGCCUGUAGUGCCUUGUUGCCUGAUUCCCCGUCAUAUCUGCAUCAUAUUGUUUAUAUCUGCAUCAUAUUGUUUGUUAAUCAUCGCAAUAGUCCAGUUUCGCGAAUUAAAAAAUUACCACUGAAUAUAAACAUUAACGACACAUUCAUACAGGGUUAGCCUCGACGUAAAGUAAAAUAUUCAGGAAUUCUGGCAAGUAAGUGUCUGAAAUUCGAAUAUACACAAUACUGAUAGACAGAGUAAUAAACGCGUCUUUUUCUCGUUGGAAUUUGUGAAUAUAUUACUUCAGAUUGAGGCUAAGGCUGUAAAAAAUGCGUCUUCACUUCUUUAAUUCAGCGGUCAUAGCGAACUCGAAAAAUGGGCUAUUUUGCUAGUUAGUUCGUGUACUUCUCCUUAGUCGGGCUGAAAACAAUAUUUUCAUUGGAGCCAAAAACUCUGCUCCAAUUACAAACUCUUUCUCAGUAAAUUAUUCGAAAAACAUGUGUUACCAUUAAUCUGCCAACAGGUAUUAGUUGCUAACUCCUGGACAUUAUCUCCAGAUAUAUUUGGCAGUUUCUAACCUUUUUUAUUGUUCUCUAACAGCUAAUAAAGAGACAGCUUUUAUUCACGCCAUUAGCACCGCGGCCAUCAUCUACGAGAUCAUAACUCAGUGUAGACUAAACAAAAUACCUGGAUGUGGCUGCGCGGACGUUAAAAAGCAGCGGGAAGGCAAUGGCGACUGGCAGUGGGGCGGAUGCAGUGAUAACAUAAGGUUCGGUGAAAAGGAGACCAGGCAUUUUAUCAACAGACUUGAAACUGGAAUUGACGCCAGAACAGCUUUUAACUUGCACAACAAUGAAGUUGGAAGAAAGGUACAUUUGUCAUCUAGUAAUUGUUUAACUAUUCUAACCAGUCAUAACAUUUGUUCCUCGGUAGUACCGGGACAUGGGAAAAAUUUUGUUUCUAGGAGAUAUUCGUCAAAUAGUGGUUUUUAUCCAUUAAGCGGUAUUUUUGCAACUCUUCUUUUCGCUUUUUUUAGGUAAUAGUUUAGCUAUUUCGUCUUUACAUAGCGGGUUAAAUCUUCCUUCAUUUUCUCCAAUCUGACAAAUUAAAAAGGCUGAGCGACCAACCCGCCGUCUGUCCCUUUUUUGUAGAUUAUCAGCAGAAGUGACGCCAACUGUACUAUUAUCAGAAAAAUCUUCCAAAUUUGUAAACCUUUCAACUGUUUUCCGGGGGAUGGAUUCAAUCCGUCGUUCAGUACUUUUCAAAAGCACAGAAUCCGGGAAAUUCUUCCUUGUGGUAUCCGGAAUCCAUGAAAUUUUUACUUGUGGAAUUUGGAAUCCUGGGCUUUGGGAUCCGGAAUACAGCUCCAGGAAUUCGGAAUCCCACCAAGGAUUGGAAUCUGAAAUCAAUUACCUGGAAUCCGGAAUCCACAACAUGGAAUCCAGAAACCAAAACUGUCUUCGAUUCCUUUGCAUGGGGCGAUUCUUUUAGCCUCCCUCGCAGGCAUUAUUAGGGGAGCUCGUUUUUUAUUCCUCCCCACAAACGCCUGCUCAACCGAAAACAACAUUCCUUUCCCACUGUUUUAUUUGUGUGGUAAGUGACCAAUCAACAGUUGUGCAAUGAAGUGUUGACAGGCUAAACUCGACUAAGACGUGACCCUAGAGUUACCGUUUUCGUUCUUAUCUUUCCUUCGCUAAGGUUAUGCAAUGCAUGGAGUAUUCUAAAAUUUGACUAAAUCUUAUUUUUGCCGUGAUGAAUCUAACAUUUAUUAGAGGUCAGAAAGCUUUCCCAGCGUUUCAUGCAGAUCGAGUCAUUAUCAGAAUACCUUGCGGUCAAGGUUAACUUUCCAGAAUUUGGAAAGUACAAUGUCAAAGGGAAAGGAAUGCUGUCUUCGGUUGAGCGGGCGUUUGUGGGGAGAAAUGAAAAACGAGCAACCCUAAAAACGCCUGCGUGGGAGGCUACGAUUCUUUGUGAGGGACAUAUAAAGACACAAACAACGUAACUUCGGCUUCUCGAAGGUAUACUUUUCUUGAACUGAAAAUGAAAAUGCUCACUUUCUCACCUCAUCCUGUGUAAAUCUUCCUCACCACAGUCCUCCAUGGUUGUUUUUAUUUACCCAAAACUGUUGGUUCUUAGGACAGAGCAACAUUAAUUAAAUGGGUGGGUGGGUAGGAACGACUUGUUGUGGUUUGAUUACAGGGUAGUAUCGCGUAUAGAUGGAAGACUCUCGAGAGUUUUGUGGGAAAUGGAAUAUGCCUAUAUCAGAACAGCUAAGUGCUCUCCCAUGAUGGAAAUUAUCAGUGUUAAAACCAGUGUGAUCUUUUUGUCGUUGUUUUUUUUUCACGAGGUUUUUUUUUGCUUUCAAUAACAGGUUGUUCGUUUAAGUCUUAAAAGGGAAUGCAAAUGUCACGGCGUCACUGGAAGCUGCAAUUUGAAAACUUGCUGGAGGCAACUGACGCCCCUUGACGUCAUCGCAUCAAAACUGAAGCUGAAAUACCGCAAUGCGGUACGCGUUGUAUUUGUUGACAAUAAGCUUCAAGAGAAGGUCAGGAGCAAAUUAACAUCGAGAAUGGACAAAAAGCUUGUAUAUCUCGAAGAAUCCCCAGACUACUGUAAACCAAACAAAAUCACUGGUUCUCCAGGAAUGCUGGGAAGAACAUGCAGCAGCGAAGACGUAACAACGAACAGAUGCAAAACACUAUGUCAGUCGUGUGAGCUGAAACCCGUAACCGUGCAACGUUCCAAGACAUUCGACUGCAGAUGUCAUUUCUUGUGGUGCUGUAGCAUCAAAUGCGAGUUAUGCACCAGAAAGUAUGCGGAAACGACCUGCACCUCAAGGGGAAAAAAAACCAAAAGAGUUUCGAAAGACCUUUAACUAAGGCAGAAAGUGGGUUGUAAAACAGCACUUAUCCAGCCACUGGUCAAACUAUAUUCUCGAACUGGUUGAAAUGAUGAAAAAAGUAAUAGCGUCCCCAAAGAAGUUCCAUAAUGCAAUUCGAGACCACACAAGCCUAUUCUCACGUUCAGUCUCAAAAUCUCCGUGAUAACGCAUUCCGUGAUAACGAAGGAUUUCUUCAGUCCUAAAACACACUUCCAGAGGGAGUUCAAAUUCUCCUUAUAGCUUCUCGCCAUGGAAACGGGAUGAGCUUCGGCCUGGCUUGAAAAACGAUUAUAUCUCUACCAUUUAUUAACAUGUAAAUUUGGUCGAAUUUAGCAGUUAAACGACUUUGUUUAUCUACUACCAUGCCACCUGAUGAGGACCCUUUAGUGCUCGACAAAAAAAGAAGAGGGGGAACUUUAUCGCUCCACUCAUUCCCAUUGCUAUUCAAUUAUCACCAACAUGCAUUCGGAAAAGUUUUGUGGCGGCCAGAGUCAUUAUAAUUUAUAGGGGAGUACCGUAAUUAAACAGGGGCACCCAACGAGAAUAUAGCUCAAAACCACUUAAACAUAGCAUUGUUAAACGUAUUUUAGUAUUUAAACGGUAGAUAUAGGCAUAUUUUUAUCCCCUAAAAAUUUUUGAUCUGUUCGGAUUUCCUAGCUGAAAGUCUAGUGAUUCGAAAAUUAUAGGGAUCAAAACUUACCUUUUCGAAAAUUUUAGCCAGAAAAAAGGCUUCCGAAAAUUGUAGGUGACCUUUUUAGGAUAAAAAUCCGUUAAAAAUGGGCAGUUAUACCAUUUUUUAGAUGUUCGAAAAUCCUAGGAGAGGCAGACAAGCAAGAAAUUUUGGCCAAAAAUGUUCCGAAAAUUCUAGAUCUGAAAUCGUCUUCCGAACAGAUAUUUUCCGCAAAUUGUCUUUGGGUGCCCCUGAUUAAAUGAUCUAAUAGACACCUCUUCUCAAAUAAAGGUCUUACGCUUUCAAGUUUCUAGUAGAUGCCCCUCUCUAAUAAUCCCCGCCCCCUCUGUGUUAAUGGCAAGUACCCCAAAAUACUAGGAAAUAGCAAACAAGUAAAAUCCUUCCAUUUGUUCAGUUUCUUGCUUGAUAAACAAACGUUUGCGUAUUGCAUCCUCUUCGUGUCAAGUUUAAAGUAAAGUUACCAAGCAACAAAUUUAAUUUGCGAAAUCCUAAUAUUUCCUAAAACUGAAACACAAGAUCAGCUUUUUUUUAAGGUUUCGCUAGAAGUAAGAACAAAAACCUUCAAUUAAGGGGCAAGACGGGUACUGUCCUAUUAAUGCUGAGAUGAAGGCAAUUGAUAGUCUAUUGGAUUUAGAGAAUUUUGUUAUAGUUAUGAUUAAAUUUGAAUUAAUAUCAUCAGGGGAUAUCAUAUUGAAUUAUAAGGUUAAGCGGACAAACAAAACAGAAAUUUCUAUGCAUAGUUCCUAUACUACUUUUAAGUUCUGUUUACUCCUUUUUUCAAUAAAACUGAAAUGUCCUGGGGUCGGUUACUUAACAGAAAAUCGAAAGUG